UGUUGCGGUUUUCAUUUGUUAUAUUUUGUUAUUUUAUUAUAGAACAGAAUUAUCUGUCGAAAUUUUUAGCCUAAUUCCGGUUACAAGCAUACUCAAUGCGCUAUUUUAAAAAUAUCACGCUGCAUUUUAAUCUACAAUUCUGGGUCCCCGAGGCCCAAUUAUAAGAGUCCCCGAUUUCGCUUCAACAAAAGCGUGAGUGUGCGUGUGGAGCAAGAGCAAAGCCAAGAAAAUAGAUAAAAUUGGACGGUCGCAGAGAAUGUUUCCACUACCCUGGAGCUUUCUCGAAUAUUCUUUGGCACGGUAGCGCACUUGGAAACAGCGAACACAAAGAAGGAAGCGAAAGCCGUGCCUAUUUAAACGAUUUGCCAUCCACAACAACAACACAACGAAAGCCACAAGUGUAAAGUGGGGCAAGAGAUCGACAGAAUGGAAUUGUAUUGCUGGGGUAACGCGUCGCACGGCCAGUUGGGCCUUGGCGGUAUCGAAGAGGAACAGAUAUUGACGCCCAGCCGAAUGCCCUGGAAGCCGGACUCGGCAGUGAAUCAAAUCGCUUGUGGGCAUCGGCACACACUUUUUCUGACUGCCAGCGGGAAGGUGUAUGCAUGCGGUAGCAAUGAUUACUCACAACUGGGACAUGAGCUACCCACCAAAAGGCCACGUAUGUCGCAAUUUCUACAGAUACCGGAGCUGCAGGAUUAUGUGAUUACGCAAAUUGCCUGUGGUAGCCGCCAUUCGAUGGCGCUCUCCGAAUGGGGCCAGGUCUUCAGUUGGGGCGAUAAUGAGUGUGGCCAACUGGGCCAUGCCAGCGAUCAAGAUAUUGUAAAACUGCCUAAAAUAGUACGAAAUUUGGUCUCCAAAACGGUCGUCCAAAUAGCCUGCGGCAGCAAUCACAGCCUGGCUCUAACUUGCUGUGGUGAGCUGUAUUCAUGGGGAUCCAAUCUCUAUGGUCAGCUGGGUGUCAGUUUACCUAAUGACCUCCAACACUGCAACACUCCCAUGCGACUCACCACCUUGCUGGGCAUUCCCGUGUCAGCCAUUGCCUGCGGCGGUAAUCAUUCUUUUCUUAUAUCCAAGUCGAGUGCAGUGUUUGGUUGGGGCCGCAACAACUGUGGACAACUGGGCCUGAACGACGAGAUGAAUCGUGCGUAUCCCACACAGCUGAAAACUCUGAGGACACUAGGAGUUCGCUUUGUCGCCUGUGGAGAUGAGUUUUCUGUGUUUCUCACAAUUGAAGGCGGCGUAUUCACCUGUGGCGCUGGGGCCUAUGGACAAUUGGGCCACGGUUUUAGCUCUAAUGAGAUGUUACCUCGCAUGGUCAUGGAACUGAUGGGCAGCACUAUUUCUCAGGUGGCCUGUGGCAAUCGACACACCUUGGCGCUGGUGCCUUCGCGAGGCCGAAUUUAUGGAUUCGGUUUGGGCAGCUCCGGGCAGCUAGGCACGCGUAACACCAAAAGCCUAAAUCUGCCCCAGUUGGUCAUAGGGCCUUGGGUGUCGCCCAGUGGUUCAACUCUGUUGCAGUCCACCGAUGCGAACAUUGCGUCUGUUAUUCAUCAAAUCUUCUCUGGCGGGGAUCAGUCAAUAGUGACCACCUCGAUGUUUGCGGACAAAAUUCCACCCGUCGACUGUCGCGUUUAUUCCCCCAAGUCACAGAUUCUUGUGCUGACUGCAGAUGCCACCAAACAAUGCGCAAGCAUUAAGAAAGACGAUCAAAGCGAUUUGGAUUUGUUAAACUCCAUUGAGGUUAUAUUUAAGAGCCAAGCCUGCCUUAAUGGUUCCUUUCUGCUAGACCAAGACAAGCAUUUAGGUUGCUCCGUUCGCAAUUAUGGCAUAGAUUUAUUGGCUGCCCAGGCGGCCUUUGAUAAUCUACGCCAAGUGGAGAAUCAAAGCAUCAAACAGGUGAUCUGGGAUAACCUGUCGAAGGAGCUUCUUGGCUCGCUGGUCGCCUCGCCGGCAGACGUUGAGAGCAUGCGUGUUUAUUUGUUACUGCCACUGUAUCACGAAUUUGUGAAUUCCAAACACUACAAAACACUGCACGUACCAUUCGCCCAAGCCAUAUUCAAACUUACUGAGAAUCCUCGCAAGGUGUUAGAGAAAUGGUGGGCUCAGACGCCGUCUGAAUACUUUGAGCAAAUGGUCAAUAACUUUUUGCACGUGGCGAUGCACAUCAUCAGCUUUAAAAUGGGCAUCGAGGUCAUUAAUCACAAUGAGCCGCGCCAGAAGAAGCUGUUGCCCUACAAUAGUGAUUUGGAGGCUGUCCUGCAAUUUUUGACAAAACUUUGUCGUGUGAACGACAGUCGGGACGCGCGACUGAACUUCCGCCUGUUCUACUGGCCAGAGAUUACGGAUUAUGUGGACGUGCAGCAAGAAUAUUUUCGUUGGAUUGCGGCUGAGUCGGCAACAGAGUUUAAUAUUUGCAACUAUCCAUUCCUGUUCGACGCAUCCGCUAAAACCUCGCUGCUGCAAGCAGAUCAAGCGCUCCAAAUGCAAUCAGCCAUGUCGAACGCAAUAUCUAAUGCAUUUUACAAUCUACUAAACUACGGUCACAUCUCACAGUACAUUGUUUUGAAUGUGACGCGAGAAAACUUGGUGCAGGACUCUAUACGUGAACUACAGCGAUAUAGCCAAAGUGACCUCAAGAAGCCACUGAAAAUCAAAUUCCAUGGCGAGGAGGCCGAAGAUGCGGGAGGUGUGCGGAAGGAGUUUUUUAUGUUGUUGCUCAAGGAUCUGAUCGAUCCUAAAUAUGGAAUGUUCAAAGAGUUUGAGGACUCACGCGUCAUGUGGUUCGCAGAUGUAACCUUUGAGACGGAGAAUAUGUAUUUCCUUAUCGGUGUUCUAUGUGGCCUGGCCAUUUACAAUUUUACAAUAAUCAAUCUGCCUUUCCCUUUGGCGCUAUAUAAGAAACUGUUAAAGAAACCUGUUGAUCUUAGCGAUCUGCGUGAAAUGUCACCAACGGAAGCCAAUUCCCUGCAGGCGCUGCUGGACUAUACAGGCGAUGACUUUAAGGAAACCUUCGAUUUGACAUUUGAAAUAUCACGUGAUAUCUAUGGCGAAGCCGAGACUCAGGAGCUCAAACCCAAUGGAAAAAAUAUAGCUGUCACACUGGAAAACAGGCAAGAGUUUGUAAAUCUCUAUGUUGACUUCAUAUUCAACAAAUCCGUGGAGCUUCACUAUCGUGCAUUUCACGAGGGUUUUAUGAAAGUCUGUUCAGGCCGAGUGCUCCAAAUCUUUCAACCUGAAGAACUGAUGGCUGUUGUAGUGGGAAACGAAGAAUAUGAUUGGCAAGCUCUGGAAGACAACUGCGAGUACAAGGAGGGCUAUACGUCCGGCGAUGAAACGGUAAAGUUGUUUUGGGAAGUAUUUCACGAACUGCCCGAGGAAGAAAAGAAAAAGUUUCUGCUUUACUUGACAGGCAGUGAUCGUAUUCCUAUACAGGGCAUGAAAGCCAUCAAGAUCGCCAUGCAACCCACACCUGAUGAACGCUUCCUGCCCGUUGCACACACAUGUUUCAACUUGCUGGAUCUGCCACGAUAUAAGACCAAGGAACGGCUCAAGUAUAAGCUGCAACAAGCUAUACAACAAACUCAGGGGUUUAGUCUGAUCUAAUCAUUUUAUCAUAGCGUCAUUGAGUGCAAAUAUUUUUUCGAAUUGUC